GCCCGCUCGCCCGCCCGCUCCGCUCCGCUCCCGCUCGCUCUCUCUGCUGCUGCCAGUUGCUGCGAGAGCGUCGAGGGGAGAGCACACGUCGCCCGUUGCUCCGAGCCAAACCGGCGCACGAGACGUAACUUCGCCGUCCAUUUUCGCGUGCCGACCCGUCUAAGUGUUCAACGACGUGCUGCCCAACUCCCUUCUCCCCUCUUCCGUCGGAGUGAUUCUCACACCGACACCCAUCGUCAUCAUCCUCAUCUUCUAGCCGUGUAGCUUCUGGAAUUUCAGUGCCAGUGUGUGUUGUGCUGUGUUCAAAAAGUGCCUGUUGUGAUGAUGGUGAAAAGUUAAAGUGCCAAGUGAGCCAGGUCGUUGAAGUCUCAAGAGCCGCCUGUGUCCGCGUGUGUGUUGUCUCCUUCGUGCUGCAAACAUGAAGGUGUUUAUCGUAGCCCUCGUCCUGGCGGCGUGCUCCUCCGCCAUGUCCGCGGCGGUUGCCAGCGCCUCCUCAUCGUCGUCCUCGGACCAGCCGGAGGACAUCGGGUCGCCGUUGACGGUGGCCCAGUGCCGGGCGCAGUGCUUGCAAAGGUUCACGAGCACGGAGCGGCCCACCCAGUGCCUGCAGUCCCCCGACUGCUACAUGUGUUGGGAGAACUGUCAACUCCUGCAGUCCAACUUCCCCGUCUGGGGCGCCAUGUGCAACGAGAAGAGCCUCUGUUUCCCCGGCUGCCAGCAGGCCUGCGCCUUCCACCGCCGCUCGCGGCCGCACCGCCAGCAGCAGGCCGUGGUGCUGACGGGCGGGCACGCCGCCGUGCGCACCCAGAGCGGGCGCGCGUCGUGGCCCGCCCCCGCGCCCGCCGCCGGCACGGCCUCGCGACCGGCCCCGCUCGUCUACGUGGUCAUGAGGAGAACCACCCAGCCCGCUUGGACGCAGGUCGCACAGACGGUGGACCUGAGCGCGCGCCUGCCCGAGGACAUGGUGGUCGCCCGUCACACCCUCCGCGUCCUGGUCGUCGGGCCCGACGGCCUGCAGACCAUCUACAGCCCCGAGGAGGCCGCCACCCCCGCGCCCGCCACCACCGCCGCCAGCACCACCGCCCCUAGCACCGCCGCUCCCGUCCUGCCGACGGCCACCCCCGCCCCCGGGGGAGCCGCCCUGAGGCGCAUCAACACCGCUAUCAAGGCCGCCCUGCCGGGUCGCCCGCAUAACCAGUGUUAUGCACGUUGA